UUCCUUCUAGAUGCCAUUCAUGCAAUAUUAGUGUACAGUCAAAGUGUAGAAGAACUUCUGAGGCGUAAAAAAGUCCACCGGGAAGUCAUAUUUAAGUACUUGGCAACACAGGGGGUUGUUACACCUCCAACUACUGAAAAACACAAUCUUAUUCAGCAUGCAAAAGAUUACUGGCAAAAGCAGUCACAACUGAAAUUGAAAGAAACACCAGAGCCAGUAACAAAGACAGAGGACAUCCGGCUCUUUCAACAGGCAAAAGAAGAUAAAAAAGCUGAAAAAGUUGAUUUUCGUCGCCUAGGAGAAGAAUUCUGUCACUGGUUCUUUGGACUUCUUAAUUCUCAGAAUCCUUUUCAGGGACCACCUCAAGAUGAAUGGGGGCCACAGCAUUUCUGGCAUGACGUCAAACUUAGGUUUUAUUACAACACAUCAGAACAAAAUGUGAUAGAUUACCAUGGAGCAGAAAUCGUGAGCCUUCGUUUGCUAUCAUUAGUAAAAGAAGAAUUUCUUUUUCUGAGCCCCAACUUAGAUUCCCGUGGACUGAAAUGUGCUUCUUCUCCCCAUGGGCUGGUUAUGGUUGGAGUUGCUGGGACUGUCCACCGACGGGACACUUGUUUGGGUAUUUUUGAACAAAUUUUUGGACUCAUCCGUUGCCCUUUUGUGGAGAAUACUUGGAAAAUCAAAUUUAUCAACCUGAGAAUUAUUGGAGAGAAUUCGCUUGCUCCUGGAACAUUACUGAAACCAGCUAUUACAUUUGAACAAAGUGAUUUAGAGGCCUUUUACAAUGUAAUCACUUUAUGUGGUACCAACGAUGUGCAACUUAAUGUAAAGCAGGCAUUGGAUAGUGGAACUGGAGACCAAGCUUUAUGUGGUGGAAAUGAGGCAUUGCUGAACAAAAGAGAAAAUCAUCAUAACCUCUUAAAUCUAGAAGAGAUUUUGGAGAAUAUUAACCUGCAUCAUUUGCCAUAUGAGGAAUGAGAAUCUCAGAAAAACUAGGGGACUAAGGUAAAAGUUACAUGGCAUGUUAAGACAUCAUACAUAAAUUGUUGUUAUACAACUUCAAGGAUAAAACAUAAUAUAAUGAUUAAAAAAUAAUUGCCUAUUUCA